AGCAGUAUUGGCUCCAGUCGCCGCUGCGCCGCUGCGCCGCUGCCCGGAGGCGAGGGGCGAAGGCGGGAUGCGCCGGGCACCAUGGCGCGGAGGUUAAUCCCUCGUCUACAUCUUGAGGGACGCCGCUUUAGUAUAUUGCGCCGCAGCCCUCAGCGCGGCACCCCCGCAGCCAGCAGCAGACCCGCUGCGAGGCGAGUACGGAUUCCUGACGCAGUUCGACGUGGCCACCGAGCUCGACGCGCGCCAGGCUGUCCGCAAGAUGGCGACGCUGUUCGGGAUCCGCGAGUUCCAGUUCUACGAUGCCUUCGAGAGCUACUCUCGGCCUCCUUCGGAGGGAAAGUCGCGCUGGGAGUGCGCCGCGUUCGGCCGGCCCGUCUCCAGGAGCGUCAUCGAGGCCUACACGAGCGAGAUCCGGGAGCAGGGCGGCCGCGCGUGGCUGUACGUGCAGGCCAUGGCCACGGCGCCCGGCGACGCGGAGCUGCAGCGCGAGGCGGGCGUGGCGGUUGUCGGCCAGCACGUCGUGGACGGCAGGCCUCGGGUGGCGCGAGCUAAGCGGUGUUUUUUUAUGCGAUUUCGUGGACCGUUCUCGUGCGGAUCUCGUGUUGCGGCACAUGCGGCAACGAAGGCAGAGCGAGGGAGAACGGAAAGACAAUGGAACCUGACAGUUCUGCUUAGUUCGAGCAUUGCGACGGGGUCCAUCUGGCGGCCCCCCAUUUGGAACCAGCUCCUCCUCCUCCUCCUCCUCCUCCUCCUCCU